ACGUUCCGGUUGCUGCAUCUACCCUUUACAAAACCAUGGGGGAGAAUUAACUGUAGUCUGAACCUUGCUUAUGGAAGCUGUAGUCACUCAGAGAGAGAGAGAGAGUUGAAAAUGAGUUACCUGAAGCUUAAAUGAAGAUGUCUAAGAUUUUGGAGGAGAUAGAAGGCGUAGAUUUGCUUGUGGUUGAGAGUCAAGUGAAAGACCAGAUUUUGUUAAUGGGCAUCAAUUUCAGCAGCCAGGAAGUUUCCCCUUCUUACUUUAUCUUCAUUUGCUCUUUGGGAGUCAGUCCCGUAAUAUUGCUGCUUUAGACUCUUCUGGGGUUGAUUUGAGGGAGGUUGUUAUAGUUAAUUAUCUGCCUUUUUCAUCUGUUUGCUGAGAUGGGACGAGUUCUUUUCAGUAUUGUCCUCUAUUGUAGCUUGGUGCUGCUUUUUGAGCCUUCCUUUUCGCUUCCUUUAUGCAGUGAUUCAACGGCAACCUUUACCCUGAACACUACACUGAAAUUUUGUCCUUACAAUGGGAGCGUGUGCUGCAACUCCACAGAAGAUUUACAAUUACAGAAGCAAUACCAUGCAAUGAACAUUUCUGAUCCUAGCUGUGCUUCUGUUGUGAAAUCAAUACUUUGCGCCAGAUGCGAUCCAUUUUCAGCUAAGCUAUUUACAGUUGAUUCUACACCCCGGCCAGUUCCUGUACUUUGCAACUCCACUGUGUCCGCCAAUUCAUCUCAAUCUAACCAAGCUGCAACUAACUUCUGCUCCAGUGUAUGGGAUACAUGUCAAAAUGUGUCUUUCUUGAAUUCUCCCUUUGCCCCUUCCCUGAAAGGUCAAGUUGGAGUACCACUGGAUUCCAAUGCUAGCAAACUGACCCAGUAUUGGCAGUCAGAAACUGAUUUCUGCAAUGCAUUUGGCGGAGCAUCUGGUGAUGGAUCAGUAUGUUUUGGUGGUCAACCUGUUACACUAAAUAACACUGGAACUCCUAGCCCCCCACAUGGUUUGUGCCUUGAGAAAAUAGGGAAUGGAUCUUACCUCAACAUGGUUGCUCAUCCUGAUGGGUCAAAUCGGGCAUUUUUCAGUAACCAACCAGGUAAGAUUUGGAUGGCAACUAUUCCAAGACAGGGAGCGGGAGGAGCAUUGGAGCUUGAUGAAUCAAAUCCUUUUGUAGAUCUAACUGAUGAAGUAUAUUUUGAUACUAUAUUUGGGAUGAUGGGUAUGGCAUUUCAUCCAAACUUUUCACAAAAUGGGAGAUUCUUUGCGUCAUUCACUUGUGAUAAAGUUAGGUGGCAAGGAUGUACAGGAAGAUGUUCAUGUAACUCAGAUGUCAACUGUGAUCCUUCAAAACUAGGUCCUGAUAAUGGUGCCCAACCAUGCCAGCAUCAAAUUGUUGUUGCAGAGUAUACCGUUAAUGGUACCUCAUCCCAGCCUUCUUUGGCAACAAGUGCCAAACCAACAGAAGUGCGAAGGAUAUUUACAAUGGGGCUUCCAUUUACAUCUCAUCAUGGAGGGCAGAUACUCUUUGGACCUGCAGAUGGGUAUUUGUACAUCAUGACAGGAGAUGGUGGUGGUAAAGGUGAUCCUUACAAUUUCGCUCAAAACAAGAAAUCAUUGCUUGGAAAGAUUAUGAGGCUUGACGUGAAUAACAUACCCAGUACAGAAGAAAUUGAUAAACUUGGUCUUUGGGGAAACUAUUCUAUCCCCAGUGGUAAUCCUUAUAAGGAAGAUACAGGAUUGCAGCCUGAAAUAUGGGCUUAUGGAUUAAGAAAUCCUUGGCGCUGUAGUUUUGAUUCAGAAAGGCCUUCCUACUUCAUGUGUGGAGAUGUUGGGGAGAAUACAUAUGAAGAGGUGGAUAUCAUCACCAAGAAUGGAAACUAUGGCUGGCGUGUUUAUGAGGGCCCAGAUUCGUUUUCUCCUCCUGAUUCACCUAGCAGAAAUACGUCUCCAAAUUCCAUAAGCCCAAUUCUUCCAGUGAUGGGAUACUACCAUUCUGAUGUAAAUAAGAAGGAAGGAUCUGCAUCAAUCACAGCAGGCUAUUUCUAUCGGUCUAUGUCUGAUCCUUGCAUGUAUGGAAGGUACUUGUAUGCAGAUCUGUAUGCAACUGCCCUAUGGGCUGGCACGGAGACUCCAGAAAACAGUGGCAACUUUACCACUAACAAAAUUCCUUUCAGUUGUGCAGCAGACUCUCCUAUACCUUGCAGCUCCAUUCAUGGAAGCUCUCUUCCAACUUUGGGUUAUAUUUACUCAUUCGGCGAAGACAACAGCAAGGAUAUUUUUACCCUUGCUAGCAGUGGCGUUUACAGAGUUGUUAGUCCUAGUCGUUGUAAUUACACUUGCUCAAAGGAAAAUGUUACUGUUGUUGUAAGCCCAGGUCCUUCUCCCUCUAAAUCUCAUGCUAGCCAUUUGAGUGACCCCUAUAACAGUUUAGUGCUCAUGUUCUCAACUUUGUUGUUGCUUUUGCUGGGUUUCCUUUAGUCUAUUGCAACAUCUUCACAUGUAGAAGGCGGGAGAGUUUUAUUGCAAUGGCAUGAGUUUGUACCAUGGGGGCCUUUUUCUUACUCUUUCCUUUCUGCAAGAAGACUAAUCAAAUAAAUUUAUGCUGUUUUUAGAUUUUCA